UCGGACGUAUCGGUUGUCCAAUAUUAACGCUAUUAAACGGCGGUGAAGUGGCGGGAGGCUUCGUAGGCGUCGGGGCCUCAGACUCUGGGGCGUCGAAGGCGUCAAUUAACUCGUCUUCGUAGGCGUCUUCGGGUAGUUCCAUCGUCUUGUAAAGUUCUUCAAUUUGUCACAAUCAAAUCCGGGAGGGACGUUUGGCUGCAUAGCCAGUCGCUUCCUGUAGAUGAGUGAGUAUCAAGUGGUGGUCAUCGGCGCCGGGAUGGCAGGCGUGGCCACUGCGAGCGCCUUGUUGGCGUCGAACCGCUUUAAGCUCGAAGAUAUCUGCGUGCUGGAGGCCCAGAAGCGUAUCGGUGGACGGAUCCAUACUCGAGUGUUUAGUGACGAGCUGCCGGUUAAGGUGGAAGCGGGGGCUGCGUGGAUUCAUGGAACAGAAGGGAACCCGAUGGUUGAAUUGGCCCAGAAAUUUGGUAUCGAACUGGAGGAGGUCAGCGCUCGCAACCCGUGGCUUCAUCCCAGUUCAUGUCCAGGUUUCUUGAUCUACGAGGGUAACAGACUGUUGAGUGAAGAAGAAGUGAAGGAGACGUGGGAAUGGCAAGAUCUUCUGCUUCAUAAGAUCCAGGAGCUGGCGUUAUCGGGAGAAGUGGAAGGCAAAACUCUGGAUGUGGUGGUGGACGGGAUUUUAAUGGAAGAUAAAGAACUACGGGAGGUUGUGGUGUCUUCGACCAAUGCUCGUGAGAGGUUAGCGCUGUGUCUGCAUCUUGUUGAGACGUGGAUGGGAAGUGAGAGUCACGAAAUGCAGAUCGACGCAUUCGGGGAGAUCGAUCUCAUGGGAGAUGAUCCUGGUGCUCAUUGUUUGGUUCCUGCAGGAAUGGAAAGUUUUCUUAAGCAUCUCUCUGCUCCAUUGAAAAAUAUGAUUCGCACUAACUCUUGCGUCGCCUCGGUAAAUUACGAAGACACUAAUACUGUGGUCAUCAAGUGCAUUGAUGGGAGCGAGGUGAAGGCUGAUCGUGUAGUGGUGACGUGCUCGUUGGGCUUCCUCAAGUCGGGAAAGCUCCAGUUUUAUCCCGAACUGCCAGUUUCGAAGGUUGAUGCUAUCUCUCGAUCACAAAUGGGCCAGUGUAUGAAAGUCAUGGUGCAGUUCCCCGAAGCUUUCUGGCCCAAGAACGCCUCGUUCAUCACUCAAAUUAGCGACACCACUGGAUCUGAGAUCGAUCGUGUUUAUUUCCCGGUGAUCUUCAGCUACUACGGGGUCAAGGGGGUGCCUAUUCUCGAAGGUGACCUCAUUGGGGAUAAAGCUGAAGCGAUCUCCAAGACACUUUCCGACGAUGAGAUCGCACGUGCGUUAUUCCUACAGUUGCAAGGCAUGUUUGGUAUUGACAUUCCGGAACCUGUUGGCAACUUGAUCACGAGAUGGGAUCAAGAUGAGUGGGCACGAGGUGCCUAUAGCAGCGUCACUGUGGAUAGCACUUACGAAGACCCAGACUUACUGCGCCAACCUGUUGCUAGUCGCGUAUUUUUCGCUGGGGAAGCUACAAAUUAUGAACACCAGGGUGCUCUUCAAGCCGCAUACUUAUCUGGUAAGAACACGCUGUCAUCCAGUAAAACAGUUUUGUGCUCAACAAGGUUUUUCUUUUGUAGGUUGCCACGCUGCUGCUGAAAUCAUCACUGAGGUAUCCUUAACUAUUAACAAUCAGUAGUAACAUCUAAUGGACCAAGUACUCGAGGCAUACCUGGUGGCAAAUAUCUGAUGUUUUAAAGUCUUCGUUGGAUCUCAUCAACAUGACUUCGGUGGAGGCUCGUUGUAUGGUGCAGCUAUAUGAGCGAGCAAGAGACGCGUUUGCCUUCUUCGUGAGCAUUAUCGAUACAAUGGGAGAACUCGCAGCGCCAGUUGUGCAUGGGGUCAUCGUUCAGAGACCAAUGGCGAGAGAAUAAACUCAUGGAAAAGCUGAUUAUCUCUUUCAAAAGGACGACC